CCACCGUCAAGCGCAUCUCCAAUUCACUCACUCCCGCUGCCCGGCUCGCAUCGAUAGUCGAAACAGCCAUGUCCACCUCGUGCGGCAUCGACGAGCCCGUUAUGGUCAAAGAAGCGAAGCCCGACUCCAAGAUCUGCGCCAAAUGCAAGAUCGAGAGGGCGGUUGUUCUGGCCAGACGAACGAUCUGGUGUCGAUCUUGCUUCAUCAGCGCACUCAUCCACCGCUUCCGCAUGAAUAUCCUCAAGGGCAAGCUGGUCCCGAGCGUCAUGGGCGGCCUCAAGAUCAUGAUUGCCUUCUCGGGCGGGCCGAGCUCGAGCACCCUGUUGCAUGCGGUCAAGGAUUUCCACAAGUCUGGCGAUCCACGAAAGCCGAUGCGAUUCGGCGAGAUCGUCGUUUGCCACAUUGACGAGUCCGAGGUUAUCCCGCUCAGCGAGGCAGAACGAGCGCUGAUGGAGGAGGGCUUCGCUGCGAUCGAGGACAAGUACUACAAGGUUGCUCGGGUGCCGCUCGAAGACGUCUUUGGCGAGGGCGAUCCGGACAGCUGGCUCUCGUUCGCCGAGUCGGCCACGGCGGAAGAUGUCGCCAAGAUGCGGAUGGUCCUGUCGUCGGGGUCGCUCAGCAACAAGGAGAAGCUCCGGGCUGCCUUCGGAGCCAUCACCAAGAUGACGUCUCGUGAAGAGCUGCUGCGAUAUCUGCGACACAAACUGCUUCUGCAAUGUGCUCGGCGCGAGCAGUGCGCUGUUCUUCUGCUUGGCGACAGCAACACCAGGCUGGCCAUCAACGUGAUUGCGAACACGAGCAAGGGACGGGGAUUCGCCCUCCCUGUCGACGGUGCUAUCGAAACGAACUGGUACAAAGAUGUGACAGUCGUUCGCCCUCUGCAUGACGUGCAGGCCAAGGAAAUCGGCAUCUUCAACCAUUUCAUGGACAUUCGGCCUCCACUGUCGGUCUCGCUGACCUCAAAAAUGCCCGUCAAGGCCAGCAUUGACCGCUGCACCGAAGAGUUUAUCGUGGCGUUGCAAAAGGACUUUCCGUCAACGGCAAGCACUGUCACUCGCACAGCCCACAAGGUGACCACUCGGUUCACCGAUCGCGAUAUCUUGCGCUGCUCCAUUUGCGAAGGUCCCGUCCAGAAUGAUGCGCACCGCUGGCGCAGCCAUCGAACCGUUGCAACUCUUCCGCCCCAUCGCGACGACACCAGCGACAGCCCCGACGACCUCAUCCGGCAGCUCUGCUACUCCUGUCAGAACCUGGCACGCGACAUCAACCGCGACUUUAUAGCCCCGACCUUUGUUCGGGACGAGUCCAAUCUCGAGCGCCUGCGUGCCCGGAUUUCUGACUUUAUCCUGAGUGAUGACGAGCAAGGCGAUCAAGGCGAUCAAGGCGAUCAAGGUGAUCAAGGCGAUCAAGGCGAGCAGAGCGAGAAGAGAGCGACGGCCACCGGUCCCGCAGAUGACGCGGUGAUCAGCACGGCCGUCAGUCAGCCGCAGCAGCCGGCUGUGCGAAUAAAUGACAUCGAGGACAGUCCAACAGGCACGAAGGCCCACCAUGGCAAGCGGGCACCCAAGAUUCGCAGCUCUCGCCGCUGAGCGAAUCGUUAGUAAGCAAGUAGUGUAAGCAAGCGAAUGAAUAUACACCAUAUUUAUGUU